CGUCGGAAUAUCCUCGGAAAUUCCUCGGGAUAUUCCGAGGAUUUCAUUUUCUGUCAGAAUGUCCGUCAGAAUACCGCUGUUUUUUUGUAGUGCAGGUUUUUUGUUAUUUUCGUGUUAUAGGGGAGAAAAUGGUAUUUGAGAAUAUUUAAAAAAUAAAAAACAGCAGAAAAUAGAUAAUUGGUUUGAAAUGUCGUUUUAAUAGGUUCAGCGCCAACAAUCAGUCAGGAAACUAUAACUUCACCUUCCAUUCUCUCUAUCUUCUUUUCAAUCAUCUCCAGAAUGGAAUAUACAAUUAGGUAGUUUCGAUUCGAUGCUGCUCAGCUCAUGUCUUCUUACACCAUCAAAGAAACAAUGGCGACUCAAGAUGAAGUCCAGAACGAUCCACUGUUGCAGGCAUCAGAAAGUGACGGUCACGAAGAGUUCAACGGAGCUUCUUUCACCGGAGCGGUACUCAACCUCGCAACAGCAAUCAUCGGUGCUGGUAUCAUGGCUUUGCCCGCCACGAUGAAGAUCCUCGGACUUGUUCCCGGAAUCGUGAUGAUCCUUCUCAUGGCUUUCUUGACCGACAAGACGAUUGAGUUCUUGCUUAGUUUUAGCGGAGUCGGGAACGCUAGAAGAUCGUACGGUGGUUUGAUGGAAGAUUCUUUCGGCAAAACCGGAAGGAUUGUGCUGCAAGUUGCUGUUCUUGUUACCAACGUUGGGGUUUUGAUCGUUUACAUGAUCAUCAUUGGUGAUGUUUUGGAGGGUAUGCUUGAAGGAUGGUUUGGAGAAAGCUGGUGGGACAAGAGAACUAUUGUUCUUCUCUUUACAACUCUUUGUGCCUUUGCUCCAUUGACAUCCUUCAAGCGCAUUGAUACUUUGAGAUUCACAUCUGCCCUAUCACUUGUUCUAGCGGUUGUUUUUCUAGUCAUCACUGCGGGAAUCGUCGUUACAAAGUUUUACAGAGGGGGAUUGAUGAAGCCAAGACUCUUCCCAAAUGUCACUGACUUGUCAUCCGUCUGGAAACUCUUCACCGUUGUUCCUGUGCUUGUCAACGCAUACAUUUGUCAUUCUAACGUCCACAAUAUACAGAACGAGCUUGAAGACUCCAUUCAGAUGAAGCCUGUUGUGCGUUCAGCUCUUGUGAUGUCCUCCUCUGUUUACGUAAUGACAAGCUUGUUCGGAUACCUCUUGUUUGGUGAAUCUACUCUUGAUGAUGUUCUUGCAAACUUUGAUACCGAUCUUAAAAUCCCUUUUGGUCCGGUUCUCAGUGACGCAGUCAGACUCAGCUAUGCAGGUCAUCUCAUGCUUGUGUUCCCUGUCAUCUUCUAUCCUUUGCGCGUUAACAUGGACGGUCUCUUGUUCCCUACGGCUACUCCAUCACUUACUACCUCUAAUCUGAGGUUUGGCUCCAUCACUGCCGCUCUCGUUGCUGUAAUCUUUGUUGGUGCAAACUUCAUUCCAAGCAUGUGGGAUGCUUUCCAACUCACUGGAGCUACAACUUCUGUCUGCAUCGGUUUCAUAUUCCCUGCUGCUGUCAUCUUGAAGGGUCGUCAUAACCGAGCAACAAAGAUGGACAAGACUGUAGCCAUUUUCGUGAUUGUCCUUGCGGUUUUCUCCAGUGCAAUCGCCCUUUACAGUGACGCUUACGCCUUAGUCAAGAAGAACAAAAUCCACAUGUUCAAUGUUAGCAGAUUUGUUUUGUUACUCUACGUGAAACCAAAAAGAGUUAUUGGCGAUAUAAGAUGUCUUUAGAUAGUUCUGAACAGCAUUAUGAAUAGUUGUAGUAGAAUCUUAAAGUAGAUAGAUCAUAUUUGUAAAAUACUGUUGCACUGAUAUAAUUGUCACUGAAUCUUUAAGAUACAGAAAGAAAAAACAGCAAC